ACUCCUACACGCUGAUGAUUAAUUUUAAGUUUUCCUGGAUAAAGCAUAACUCAUAUCAUAUGUAUCAACGUUUAAUUUAGAUCGAUAGAACGCUUUGUCAAUCAACAAGAUUAUCAUAGAGAUCACGUCAUUUUGUUGUUUUUACUCUCAGUUUUGCUGAAAUGGGUGGCGUGGGAGAUCACAGUCCAGGACGGGUAUUCGUCAUUUUGUUGUCCGCAUCAAUCUUUAUUGUGACAGUGGCUAUCAACGCUUUGGCAGGAUCAGGAAGUGAGAAAGGUCCAUUUCUGCAUAGCACUGGGAAUGUGUCUGCCAGAUAUGAAACCGAGAUCACUCCGGCAGGGUGGACCUUCUCCAUAUGGGGCGUUAUCUAUACCUGGCUCCUACUUAUGCUCAUAUACAUCCUGACGUGGCUUUGCAGACGGAAUUCAAUUGGGUGGAUGUAUUGCAGUCCAGCUCUCCUCCCUUAUGGAUUCCACUUCUCUUGGACCAUAAACAUGGCUCUCAACAUCACCUGGUUGUUCCUGUGGGACAGAGAGCUUAUGAUCCCAGCAUUGAUUGUUCUGGCUCUCAUUGCUUUCACCAACUACCUCCUAAUCUUCUUCUCCUGUGCUGGACUCAAUGCUCAUGGUGCCUGGCUCAGCCAAAACCACCCCAAAGACCUCUGGUGCUACAGAUUACUUGUUCAAAACGGUAUUGCAACAUACGCCACGUGGACAACCAUAGCCACACUUCUCAACUUCACCAUUGUGUUGGAUGACGGUGGGGUUUCAAAAACUGAUGCGGCCACGGUUUCUCUGUGCCUUCUUUUGUUAGAGGUCAUUGUGUGGUUUAUUGUUGAAAACUUUGUGAUUGAGAAACAUGUGCGCUACAUCCUUACUGUUUACCCGGUUGUAAUCUUCGCUUUCAUUGGAAACAUUACCAAGAACUACGACCCUUCAAACCCGAGCCGGAAUGCCAUCUUUUCAGCUGUGCUCCUGGCCUUGGCCUGUGUACUCUUUGUUGUAAGGGUUGUGUUGGUGGUUUGGAGACACAGGAAACAAUCUAUUUUCUAUGAUGUGAGCAGAGAGGCCCAGAUCAUUUGAAACCCAACUGCAAAAAUGGCUCGAAAUUCUCUCACAAAGCAAAGCAGCAUUGCUCACUUCCUGCGGCUUUCAGCUAAAGUUCAACUCUAGUCUGAGAGUGUAACAGUAUCUCAGGCUGCUCCAGUGCAUUGUGUAUGUGAUACAUCUUAGUCUUAGGGGGUGCAAUGCAAUGCAUUGUGGUUACACUAAGGUCAUUAUUAAUGUCAUGAUUUCACGGUUGACUAUAUGCACUCACUGUUGCCCCAGUUUCACAUAUAAACAUUGAACAUUUCAUCUUCUCAUCAUUCCUUCCACUGCUUUAGAUGGAUUGUUAUCUGUUUUUUUCAGUUUUUACCUUUAAUGCAUUAACUAUAAUAAGGUCAGUGUUAAACUCACCUGAAACAGCAACAGUAUUCAUGUACCGUUUUAUGCUCUGCAGUGAACAUAUCUAUUUUUAACAUUUCUUUACAUUUUUGUACUUAUGUAUAGUACUUACAAAGAGUAAUAUUUCUGCUGUAUUUUUUCUAACUUAUAACACUACUAAUGUAAUACUGUUAAUAAAAUAUGGAUGCAGUUUUGCACUUUGUUAUGGACU